GUAAGUAACAAUUAGAAGAAACUUGCCGACCCCCACCCUAGUAGCAUGAUGGCGCCUCACAGAAUUCAGAAGCAGCUGCUUUUUCUUACAAAUUCAUGACAUUCUUCAUCUACAUAUUCAAGUUUCAUCUAUGGCAUGGCCGACCAAUAUACACGCAAGAAUGACAUCUACACAAACUUCAACAGACAAAUUAUUUACUUACAAUUCAAAAAAUAACAUAUUUAGGGUUUUGAAAAACAUCUGGCUGUCGUGCGAUUUGAUACAACUAAGAAUCGAUUUUUGGCAGCUGGUCAUGAUUUCUCCAUUAACUUAUGGGAUAUGGACCAUCUUUAGUUCCUGGCAAGUAUUGAUGCUCCAGCAAGCCCUCUAAUUCGAUUCAUCAAGGAUGGUUCUCUUCAGCUAAUGAAAAUGGGAUAAAGAUUUUGGCAGAUAAUGACGGUAUCCGCUUCCGGGGCAUCUGAAACUGCAAAGGGAAUCAUUCCUCUUGUCAUUGACGCCUCGCCGUUCUUCAACAUUUUUAGGGUUCCAAAUUGAACUUCAAAUCAGUUGAAUUAACUCCAAACAAUGGCUUCGCAUAAUGAAGAUGCAGGAAAUGUUACACCCCAGUUUAAUGAAGAGCCUAAUGAUGAACCUAAGAUGUGGAGGCUCACUAAAAUUAGAGACUCAUUGCAAUGCCAGUCCUUGAAGCUUCCUGAAAAUCUUGGAGUGACUAAGAUAUCAAGCUUAAUAUAUACGAGCUCUGGUAAUAGUAUCUUAGCAUUAGCAUCAAAUGCUAUUCACCUGCUUUGGAAGUGGCAAGGAAAUGAGCGCAAUUCUAGGGGCAAGGCAACAGCCAGUGUUUCACCACAACUGUGUCAACCUUCAAGUGGCAUCUUAAUGACAAAUGAUGUGCACGAACCAAACCAUGAGGAAGCUGUCUCUUGCUUUGCUUUGUCCAAGAACGAUGGGUAUGUGAUAUCAACAUCUGGUGGAAGGAUGUCCUUGUUCAACCUGAUAGCAUUAAAGAGAUUGACAACUUUCAUGCCUCCACCUCCAGCAGCAACUUAUAUUGUCUUCCUUCCUCAAGAUAACAACAUUAUCGCUAUUGGCAUGGAUGAUUCUACCAUCCAGAUAUAUCAUGUCCGACUGGGUGAGGUUAAAAGCAAGCUUAAAGGCCACUCUAAAAGGAUAACUGGCCUUGCCUUCUCUCAUUUGCUCAAUGUGCUAGUUUCCUCGGGAGCUGAUUCUCAGCUGUGUGUAUGGAGCACUGUUGGGUGGGAAAUGCAGAGGGCUAAAUCCUUGCAGCUACGGGGGCAAUCAAUAUCUCAAUCAGAUACCAGAGUGCAGUUUCAUCAGGAUCAAACUCAUUUCCUUGUUGUGCAUGAGGCACAGAUUGCAGUAUAUGAAACAGCAAAGUUGGAAUGUUUGAAGCAGUGGGUUCCGCGUGAAAGUGAUGCCCCAAUUUCUCAUGCCACAUACUCAUGUGAUAGCCAGCUUAUAUAUGCUAGUUUCUUGGAUGCAACUGUGUGCAUCUUCACUGCUGGGAGCCUCCUUAUGCAGUGCUGCAUUUUUCCUUCUGCUUAUCUGUCACCCGGUAUCAGCAAUUCAAAUAUCCACCCAGUUGUAGUUGCAGCACAUCCAGAAGAUCCAAACCAGUUUGCAUUAGGUAUGUCAGAUGGUGGUGUUCAUGUUUUUGAACCUCUUGAAUCUGAAGGCAAAUGGGGUGUCCCUCCACCACUUCAAAAUGGCUUUGCAAAAGGUGGGCCAGCUUCUCCAGCUAUUGGAGCUUCAGGCUCCGAUUAAGCACCAACAUAACAAAGAAACCUCUAAGCAAACAGUCUUGUGUCUUGUUUUUUUUUUUGGAUCUUACCCAAAUUUCAGUUCAGACUGGUCAAACAUGAUAGGAUUAUGUAACGCCCAAAAAAUUUGUGUUCUUUGACUUGGUUUUUACACCAAUGUUAUGCUUUUGUGUGUGACUGUGUGGUAAUCCAUUUGCUACAGAAAAUAAUUUAGCUCAGUACUCUUCAACAAUUUCUCCUUUCAGCUAUCUAAUUUUUGAGUUGUAUUUUGGCAA